AUCAAGUCAUCAUUUCCCAUAUUUCUCGACACCAGCCGCUUUGCCGGCUGCACCUCACUGCUCACUAAGUGCUUAGCAGCCACCGUUGUUCGACACAAACCCUCCACGCCGAGUUUCAGAGUUUGCUCUUGUUGAUCAUCGUCAUCGUUGCUUCAUUUGAACUUGUCCAUAUCGUCGUUGUCUUUCUCGCUCCAUAUUCGAAAGGCUACUUUUGUACUUGUUAUCAUAAGGCCAGGGUCAAUCCGAAUCGCAGGCAACGCGACGUCAACCUUAUCUGCUCUCUUCGUCUGAUCACACUACGGCGAGUUCCCGUCGCGUUGCGAAAUUUUCGACCUUCACCUGCGGAUGUCCUUCCAAACCGUCUCGAGUGUCGCGUUCCUCUAAUUAGCGCGCGCGCAGAAGAUUCGACGCGAACCGAUGGCGUCGGCGGCAGCUACGGCAGAUUCAUACCCGUCAAACAUGCCGUUAACCCCUCGCGAAAGUGACAACGAAGAGCAAGGCGAACAGUCGCAUACAAACGGGCGCAAACGCAGCGCCAGUGAAAUGGAAGAUGAGGCCGGACCGAGUAAACAAUCAAGGACUAGCGAGGGCGAGCGCGACGUUCCCGAAACCAUUGAAGCAGAAGUCAGCUCGGAUUUUUUCAUUGAUUGUCCGUACCGUCCUAAGCGCGUCAAGGCCGGCAAACACAGAGCGUCUGCGGUCGACGACGUCCAUAUUAGCCAGGACGCUCCAUCGUUGGCACCGCAACUUAAGAUCAACUAUGCAGUGAGACCCGGGUCGAAAUGGGCCAAGCUAGGGAAAUUCAAAAAUGCUAAAUUCAAGGACCCCUUCGUCGUGGUAUACUCGGCCGGCCAAAUUGUUUAUGUUAACCGCCACAACCCCAUACCUCCGUCUCCUCCGGCUGACGCAACCGAAGACGAGAAGUUACAAUAUGACAAGGAGAAUCUCUGGGUCGGAUUGAUCACAGAAUUCAGAGCAGAAAACCAGGAAAAGGUUUACGUCCGAGUAUUCUGGCUAUACUGGCCUGAAGAAUUACCCAUGGGCCGACAGCCCUAUCACGGAAAACGGGAGCUAGUUUUGAGCAACCAUGUGGAUAUUAUUGAAGCGCAGACGAUUGCCAGUCAUGCCGAAAUCAGUCAAUGGGAUGAGAAUGACGACUCGAAUAAGACGGUUCUCCAGGAGCGGUACUGGCGACAAACGCUGGACCUGACGAAACUAUCGGCUGAUCCGAACACGGCACUGAGCAAGCUUAGGACGUUUUGCAUAUGUGGCGGCUACGACAACCCGAAUGUGGAUAUGUACCAGUGUCAUACAGUUGGAUGUGGCAUGUGGAAUCAUGAAGCAUGUCUGACCAAGGCCAUCGAAGAACGAGCCUGGGAGAAGUUCAAAAAGGGUGCACUUACCAACGAGGUACAAGAGAAGGACGAGUCGAAAGGUCUGGUUCAGAAAAUGGGAGAGACUAUAGCAAAUGUCGUCCACAGGUUUGGAGCAGAUGGUGUCCACGCAACAAAAGCCCCUUUGGAGACGGUGGCCGUAAGCAAGGGCAACAAGAAGCUCAAAGCAUCGUCUGGCGGCAAGAAGCCGUGGACGGGCAAGCUGGAGGGCAAAAUCAACAAGGUGCAAAGAGAAGGAGAAGACGAUACACAUUAUGCGACGGUGACUCAGUACGUUGCGACGUCGAGCAGCAAAUCGUCGGCUGGGUUCGAACCAAAAAUCUGGCAGAUGAAGAUGAGUUGUCUGAAUUGUGGCCAGGCUUUGAAUUAGCAGUUGACCUGAUACAACGGGGUCUCUUUUGUUGUUAUUCUGCGGAUGAAAGUGACACGGCCUUUUUUCUUUCAUGGCAUCAUUGGGAGUUGAUUACUGAUCGCACAGAGUGUUGCUGAAACAUUGACAGAAACACGGGGGUACACGUCUGAUAGCGUUGACAUUUCCGAGGCCUUUCGCAAACGUGUAUAUGAGGUGGCAGCAGGGUAGCAUGGCAUGGAUGAUAUACCUGUAGUUCAAAUCUCGUAUGUUGUUGGAGGAUCGAUACCCAACAAUUCAGAACAAUGAUGGUAUCAGCAUCUCUUCAUCAAAAUCUCUAUCCAUCGAUGCCUAUGAAGGCCACGUGAUGCUACACGUGACACGGCCCCGGCGUGAGAUGAAGCCGGAACUUUGUGGUGUUGAUGAGUGGACGGUUCCCAAACGACUAAUAGAACCGA